AUGCGGGGUCUAGCUUCUCUCGCCACUCUCCUUUUUGGGUCACUCGUUUCUGCCCAAAACAAUUAUUCGACCUUGCCUAUAAAUUUCCUGAAAACCAGCAAUCCUGUCACUCCCCUUCCUCAAGGAUUUCCAUGGGGCAACAGGACUGCUAACAAUUCCAAUCCCUAUACUGAUGCACCACACACCGGUGUGAUUAGAAGAUAUGAUUUCACGGUUCAAAGAGGCCAAGCAUCGCCAGAUGGUUAUCAAAGAGAUGUGAUACUAGUGAAUGGCGUCUUCCCCGGCCCUCUCAUCGAGGCCAACUGGGGAGAUACGAUUGAAGUAACUGUUCACAAUGAGAUCAGAGGCCCCGAAGAAGGUACAGCACUCCAUUGGCAUGGACUCCUGCAAAAGGAAAGUCAAUGGUUUGAUGGUGUUCCCGGAGUUCAACAAUGUCCGAUCCCUCCUGGAGGAACCUUCACAUAUUCGUUCUUGGCCGAUCUUUACGGGUCAAGUUGGUGGCAUUCUCAUUACUCUGCCCAGUACAAUGCUGGUAUAUUUGGUCCUAUGAUCAUUCAUGGUCCCCAAACUGUUCCAUAUGAUUAUGACUUGGGACCGAUACUCUUGAACGAUUGGUAUCACCCAGAUUACUACUCAUUGGUUGAGGAUUCUAUGUCUACCGACCUCAACAGAGUUCUUGUAAGUUCCGAUAGUAAUCUUAUCCAAGGGAAAGGAUUCUUCGAUUGCUCUACAAAAGCUGCCGGUGAUAACGCUACCUGCAAUGAUGAGAACUACAUGCCAUCUACUUUCAAGCUCACAGCUGGAUCGAAGCACAGACUUAGGCUCAUCAACGCCGGCACUGAAGGAAUGCAGAAGUUCACAAUCGAUGGACACAACAUGACUGUCAUUGCCAAUGAUUUCGUCCCUAUCAUUCCUUACACAACUCAAGUCGUAACUUUGGGAGUUGGCCAGCGUACCGAUGUCAUCGUCGAAGGUAUCCCGACUGAAACAACAGGAUCAUACUGGAUGCGAUCAACAAUUGCUGGAUGUUCACUUUUCAAGAACCCUGAAGCCAAGGCACUCGUUUACUAUGGUCUCGAACCUAAUUUAAACUCUACCACUACUGCCUCCGCCAUAUUCAAUGACUCUGUCGCCAAUGUCUGCGCAAAUGACCCUCUUAACGCAACGACACCUUGGUACCCUAUUACACCUGAUCCAAACCCACCCACAACGGAACAAAUCGAUAUUGGAUUCGGACAAAAUGCUUCUGGAAACUGGCUAUGGUCGAUGAACAAUUCUUCCUUCCGUGCAAACUAUAACGAGCCAAUUCUUCUCCUAUCUAAUCAGGGUAACAACUCAUACCCAGAUAGUCCCGAAUGGAACGUCUACAACUUCGGCGACAAUAGUUCCAUCCGUAUCUAUAUUACCAACCCCACUGCAGUUUCUCAUCCAAUGCAUCUUCACGGCCACAACAUGUUCGUCUUGAAUGAAGGUGUCGGACUUUGGGAUGGACAAACAGUCGUUCGACCAUCUAACCCACAGCGUCGUGAUGUACAAACCCUUCAAGCUGGCGGCUACAUGGUACUACAAAUCACGGCUGACAAUCCAGGUGUUUGGCCUUUGCAUUGCCACAUUGCAUUCCAUGUUGGUAGUGGAUUGUAUGUGAGUGUCUUGGAAAGACCAGCAGAUAUUGCGAAGUUAAGGAUUCCGAGUAUUAUGGCCCAGACCUGCAGAGAUUGGGCGGCGUUCACGAAUACGACGGUGGUGGAUCAGAUUGAUUCGGGAUUGUAG